AUGGCCGCUUCCACCUCUGCCUCGGCGAUGGACGAUCACGAGUCGGAAGGAGACUACAGGGCGGACCACAGUCCGUCGCGCUUUACGGCAGUUAAUGGAAAGGAUCUUUUACUUUCCGGGGGUUCUGCAACUACCCCCAACGGGCCAUCGAACAAUCAGGACCAGCGAGAUGUCUCUGACGGCUGGAAAAGGCAUACUUAUGAGGAUACGUUGUCUCGACACGACGAUCGAACCCGAGAAAAUGGCACUACAGAACAUGAGCAGGAUGAUCAACGGUCGCACCGCUCGCUGUCACGCGGUGGAUCUCCCAUAAACAGGGGCAAGAGGAAGCGGUCAGAAUCCGACGAGCAAGGGGAUGAUUAUGUGUCACAGGAGGGGCCCAGAAGCCCGGCCUCUCGCCUAGAUGAGAGUAUGGAUGCUGCGGCGCAGCCACCGACGUCCAACGGCAAUACAACCAUCCAUGGCGAUCGUGAGCUCAAAAGCAAUCCUACUACUACGGUCAAUCUAAGAUCGGAGGACAAGGAGGCUUCAAGGGCAUCAUCGACCAAUGCUGGCUGGCAUGAUUAUGAUUCGCAGUUGAUUAAUCAAGCACAGCGUGCGCAGCAAAUUGACGCCUCGGAUGCUCAGUUGGCAGAAGCACUCCAGCGCGAAGCUCAUGGCCAAGAUGCAACUCAGAAGGACUGGGGCGUGAUUCAUCGCACAGGAGAAGUGCAGCUGCACAGUAACAACUGUAUCAGGGGCGGCUUCCUCUGUGAGGGUUAUUCCUCCAGGAGUACAUGGCAAAAACCUUCAACCGCAAAGACGCCCGUUCCGCUUCAAUCAAAGGACGGAUAUGCCGAUGUCGGUGGCCAAUACAUACACGAAGUCAGCCAACACCAUGACCGCCAACAUAACCUAAAUGAUCAGCUUGAAGCAAGCAAGAUAAGGCCAAUCAUUGUCGACGAUGGUGACCGAUCCACAUCCCAGUUCAAUACGAGCCCUACAGGCCCCCCCUCAAAUCGCGGCUCUUGGUCUAAGCGGAAUUGGCCAGGCACAGCGCAUCCCGCCUACAUUCCCGAGCACAUCGCUAAAUCGGAUUACCGUGAGGUACCCUCGAUCCACGAAUUGCCCCGUGAAGGACACCCGAAGACCGAUUAUCAGAUUGUUCCACCCAUCCGAGAGCUUUCCCACGCACAUGGGAAACAAGGCGUCUCGUUAUUCCAGAGCGGUAUUGAUCAGCGGCCAACCAUUCCCAGUACUAUAGACACUACCAGUCCUCAAGCACAAGCACGGAUGGCUCUAAGUAUUGAACAUCAACUGUCUACUCGCACCGUGUCCGGCGAGGAAACGGAAAAGGAAAAAAUGAUAAGGGGUGAACUCUACAGACCGUUCGAUGUCCACCUUGUUGAGGAACGUGAGCGGUGCAGGACGGCACUAUGGCGGUUCAAUAGCGCAUGCAACCCUGUCUCGGGGCUAAAUGCAAAGGAGCAAAAUCGUCUCCUGAAGGAAGUUCUGGUACUACAGAGCUCGCCAGUUGGCUCGCCGUCAGCCGUCUCUUCGCCCCGGCCAGCAGGAACAAUUGGGCAAGGAGCUCUUGUUGAGGCACCGUUCCAGUGCCACUAUGGGUACAACAUUCACAUUGGGGAGGAUGUGAUGGUAUCCGAGAGCUGUUUGUUUGUGGAUGACUGCCCUAUCACCAUCGGUGCCCACACAUGGAUAGGCCCGAAAGUUACUAUUCUCAGCUCAAUGGCUCACGCGAAUAUGCAGGAACGGAAAGGCACGCAAAGUCGCUACCAAGGGCGACCUGUUACAAUUGAGGAGGACUGUUAUGUUGGUGCUGGUUGCAUCAUUUAUCCUGGUGUUCGCCUUCGACGCGGGGCUUAUGUAGCUCCGGGGGAAAUAGUCAAAUCCGACAUUGUAGCUUAUGGUUUCCAAGGUCUCAAACCAAGCUACAUGUGA